GUGAAGCACGAUGGCAUCGGCCGCAGAAGGAGUAGCACAGAGCAGCAUGAUGGGCGCGCUGCCGCCAUGUCACCUAGAGACAGAAACUUAGCUUUUCUUUCUGCUUGCGCUUUAGUGUGUCUACUCCUUUAUUUCACGCCCUCGUUCCAAUACGUUGCUGCCACCUUAGCGCUCUGUGGUGUGUCGUGGCUCCUUUGUGUCGGAACGCCGCUUCCCGCCACAUUAGGCCUCAGUCCUCGGGCUGGACUGGUCGCUCUAGCCGGAUACCUCCUUCGCUUUUGGGACUGGUGGGUGAGCGACGUGUCGGUGGUGCCGCAGAGGAGGACCAAGCUCGGCGGUGAGGGACGUGGAGCGCAGCGGCCUUUCAGACAGACACGAGCGGGCAUUAAUGCCGUCUAUCGUGGGGAGCACUUGGCGAGUGAGUCGUUUCUGUUCAGUCCCCGGGACUUCCUGAUGGGGAGCUACAUCGGCAAACCCGAAAGUCCGACUGGCGACUUCGGGAGGCCGAGAGUCAUUCGGAACCAUCGGGAACAACUGCGGGAGACUUUGUCCAGACCCAACCAUGCUGUCUACACCCCCAAUAGGAGGCUGUCAUUUGCUGGGGAGCCGCCAGGCUCAGCCGGACGCUUCAACAUCACCCCCCAGCGUCACUACCCCCUUCAGCAGCCAGGCGCCUCCUCCAUGGGCCUUCUGCCUCCCGUCAGUUGGGACGGAUUCAGGAAGAAAAGCGUCCUCACCCCUCGAAAUUCCCCAGCCGCUCAAAGUCCUGUCACUAUGAAGAUCGCCCGGCCGGACCACCACAGUCCCAGUUUGAACCACCUGAGUUGCGCCGGGGUCCCCAUGGACCCUGUUGACCCUUGCUCCCGGGAGAGUGUCCUCAAGGUGUUGAAGGAUAGCCGCAAGAGAGAGGUUGAAGAUGAGGACAGGAGCUUCACCAAUGAGCAGAAGAGCAAAAGAAGGCGUAACAACAGUGGAGGAAGCGCACACUCCGCUUUUGAGCCUCUUUUGCCCAACGGAGCGCCGUCACAACUGGUCCCUAAACCAGGAAGCCUAAAAAGAGUGAUGACCUCAGUGGCGGAAGAGUCCCUAAUGAAGAGGUCUCGCACGUCCUCCAUAAGCUCUGCCAGCGGAGUCCACGCCCCCAGAGGGACCCCUGGAUCCAAGAGGAACCCCAUCCACAGCUCCUACAGCUCGUCACUGGGGGGAUUCGUGCAGUUGUCGAAGCCAUCAGCGCCAAGCUCUCCUAUGUCCAGCCUGGGCUCUUCUCGCGCCCAGACACCAGAAGCAGCCUCAAAGAGACCGAGAAGCGAUGACGGUCUUUCUCCAAGCUCGGCGUCCUCGGUGAUGUCCAAUAAGACGGCCUCGGAAAAAGCGCCUGAGACUUCCAAGCACACCCCAGUCGCCAUAGUCCCAGUUACGACCUCAAUGGACUACACUGGGAGUGGCGGGAACAGAAAACGCAAGAUCCCGCUUGUGUCCGCCAACCGGGACGACCACAUCUCGCUGCCUCCACCACCCGAGCUGGGCUACACGAUCACUGUCAAGGAUCUGGAUGAUGAGAAGAAAGAUGCCAUCAGUAAGAUCCAGAAGGUCCUGGAGACACCUGCUCCCGAACCCGAAAAGUCCACCUCUCCUCUGACCUCCACCACGCCUGCCUCGUCGAGCACCACUGCUCCCGCCAGCACCGCCCUCACCCUGAGCAGCCUUCUGGCCGCCCCUCUGCCCAUAACCUCCAGCUCGGCCCCGCCCGUCAUCAACCUGGAUCCCAGCCCGUCACCUGUGGCCCCCAAUCCCCUGCUGGAGGCCCUGAAGAUGAAGAGUCCCGCAAGCUCUGCGGCCAGCACCACCACAGUGUCUGCAUUGACCACGUUGGCACUUCCCAAGAUGUCCACUGUAACGGACGCCCCAAAGCCGCCGCCUGCCUCACAGUCCCAGGCCGCCUUGGCAGGUGUGGGCCAGCCCUCCGCUUUCACUCAGGUUUUGGCCCCGGUUUCCAAGCCUGCCAGCAGCAGCGCUCCAUCGUUAGCUGGAACCAGCUUGUUUGGACUGUCUGGUCAGAUCAGCAGCAGCCCCGCCGUGUCCACCACCUCCAACCCCGCCCCCGCCGCCGCCAUGAGCAGCCCGGUGUCGCUCAGUCACUCCAACCCUCUGCUCGCCUCAGGGUUCAAACCCAUCUUUGCUCCCACCAACGCUUCCUCCAACCCAUCGACCAUGUCAGCCCCAGAAAGCAAGCCUCUUGCCCAGAACUUCAAGCCCAUCUUUGCCAGCAGCGCCACCGCAGGACUUGGCUUUGCCCCGCCCCCAUACACGGCUUCCAUUGCAACAUCUGCCACCGUUUCUUUGACUUCUUCAAUAUUUGGUGCGUCAGCGAGUAGCACAACUGUUACAUCAUCACUUUCCACUGGAACAAUCUCUUCCGCCUCCACCACCAAUCCUGCAGUCCAGCCCGCUAUAAAGUCCAUGUUUGACACCUGGGCAGCACCAGCUUCAACUGGCACCAGUACGUCUUCAGCACCAGUGUUUGUUCCUGCUGCUGGUAACACCCUCCAGUUUGGAGCCGUAGCCACCACCGCUGCUGCCGCCCCUCCGGCUACCACGGCAUCCAACACCUUUACAUUUGGCGCCGCGCAGCCGCCGCAGCCCCAAGCCGCCAACCAGAAGGUGUUUGCUUUUGGUCAGACAGCUGUCAGUCAGAACGCGACGCAACCAACUUUCGGAAGUUUCGCCAUGGCCAAUGCUGCCCCUGCUGCUGCCGCCACAACUAAUGCUCCCGCCACUUCUUUGGCACAGUCUGCGUUUACAUUUGGUAAGCCGUCGUUUGAAGCGCCAGCCUCGCAGUCCACCUUCAGCUCCACAGCACCCACCGCACCAAAGCCCUUUACGUUUGGAGGUAGCGUAGCAACACCUGCGCCCAACCCCACCCCGUCGGGUUUCCCCUUCGGGGGAGCCGCCGCCGCUACCACGGCACCAUCCAGCUUUGUGACGCCAACUAAGCCGGCGUUCGGAGGCGGCUCUGCCGCCUUUGCUUUUGGCGCCACCAGCACGCCCUCUGCAGCGCCAAGCUUCGGACAAGCUGCCCAGACGCAGGGCGCAUCGCUCGGCACGGCCUUUGCGUUUGGUGCCACCGCUCCUCAGCAGACACCCUCAGGCCCCGUGCAGCCUGCAUCUGGCGGGUUUAACUUUGGCGCCGCUAUAUCGCAACCCCAGAUGGGAGGCUUCAACUUUGGGGCUGACAAACCUGCUUUUGGAACAUCCACGCCAUCUUUUGGCCAGAGCGCCGCCGCAGUUCCCUUCGGAAGCCCCGGAACACCGCUGCAGGGUUUCAACGCCGCUCCUUUCGGUUCCCCUGCGGCUCCUUCCUUCUCCAUCGGGGCCGGCUCCAAGCCCAGCGGGACGCGGCAGAGGCUGCAGGCGCGCAGGCAACACAACAGGAAGAACAUGAAGUGACCUUUUUAAGAGGACUGCGAGUCACCGCUGUGAGUUUUUUUUUAUCGACGUUACGUUCCAAGCCACACUUUUUUUUCUUUGACGGUCAAGAACACUUUCCUGGGUGCGGCCUGACGACACGACGAGAGUCUAACAAAAGUCUUAUCCAGGUGUUGAAAAGGCUUCAAACUGUUUAUUUUUUUACGCUGGGACUGAUUUGUACAUUGAAGGGAUGUUUGCGAGCGACAAUGGAGGACGACUGUUUUUGCAAAUUUAGAUUAUUUUUUUAAUUAGCUGCCUGCCUCGUGUAAAUUAACCGAUUUUUGAUUGCCAAGCAGAGAUAAUGUUUGUGAUCUUCUUUCUUAACUGCAAACAUUCCCGCUUCUUUUUCGUGUGUUUUUUUAAAGAGCUGCCAUUAGCAGGUCAAAGAACCAUUUCCAAAGAUGGCAACACGUUGACUAAUUGAAUUGCGACAAGAACUUUUCAUUAAAAUUCAAAAAGUU